AUGAAACACAAACAAAAGAAUCGAAUCGAAGGAAAACGAGAAAAAGAAGAAGACUCUUUUUUUUCCAAUAGAGUAGGUAGAAUGAAUGAGAGGGGUGGGUUAAGACAACAGGUUCUCCGGGAAAUUUUAAAAUUAGAAGUUUCAGAAAAUCAAAAUCUGUAA